AUUUACUUCCUGUGUAAAAGGUCAAAAAAGCUUUUUAUGGACGAUCUUCGUUUUGUGGUUUGUGAAGUGUUUUAUGUCGUUUAACAAAAUCUGAUGAAAACAGUGAAUUAAUUCAAAGUCCAAAAUGUCGUCGGAAGACUUAAUUGGACCUGCUUUGCCUCCAAUGUUUCUAAAGGAGAGCUCCGAGGACGAGCUUAAUGAAAAUGACUUUGCUGGGCCGGCAUUGCCUCCCGGAUACAAACGGGAAGAGGCGUCGAGCUCUUCGGAUGAAAGUGAGCCGGAGAUCGCCAGGAAAAGAGCAAAGACGGGGCACAGCGCUGGAGACCGGCCUGAACAGAGCAGUAAUGAAGAUGACGGUUUCUUUGGGCCAGCUCUGCCUCCAGGAUUUAAGAAACAAGAGAGUUCUCCUGAAAGGCGCCCCAUUGUUGGUCCCGCCCUGCCCCCGGGGUUUUGCAAAGCAGCACAGAAUCAAGAGGAUGACAGUGAUGGUGAAGAUGGAGAAUGUCUCCCAGGGCCCGCUCUACCUCCAGGCUAUUGUGCUGAAUCCUCCAACAGUGAGGGAGAGGAUGAGGAAGUGAUUGGACCCAUGCCUGCCAAAGGCCCUGUUCAAAACUCUGUGGCCCUUGAUAUUGAGCGCCGAGCAAAACAGAUGAAAGACAAGCUGACAGGAGUUGAAACUCCUGCACUGCCAACUAGAGAAACAUGGAUGACUGAGCUUCCACCAGAAUUGCAACACAUCGGCUUGGGAGCUCGUACGUUUAAGAAAAGGACUGGUCCAGAAAAUAAGGAUCGCUCCAUUUGGACAGAUACACCAUCAGACAGGGAGCGCAAAGCUAGGGAGCGUCUUGAAGGUAAGAAUAAAAAAGAAUCAGAGAAAAAGGAUGAUGUCACGCAUGUUUCUAGAAAGGACUUGGAAAUGGCAGAAAAGGUUUCUAAAUAUAAUGAGUCUAAACGUGCCGAGUCUCUAAUGACUUUGCACGCAAAGAAGAUGAAAGAGAAAGCUAAGGACAAGGCGGACCAACCAGUGGAAAGAAGACCAUUUGAUCGCGAUGCAGACCUGCAGGUGAAUCGAUUUGAUGAAGCUCAGAAGAAACAGCUGCUGAAGAAAUCUCAGGAACUAAACACGCGGUUCUCCCACAGCAAGGACAAAAUGUUUUUGUAAUAAAUUGCUAAAACAUGCAUAGUCUAAUUUGGACUUGCAGCAAUUUACCAGCAGGGUUUCUGGAAGACUUUUUUUUUUUAUAAAUGUAUGUACUUGUUUGUGGAAAUGCAGAUUGUUUGUAUAAUUUUGCUGGGGGGGGGGGGGGGGGGGGGGUGAACAUUAGUUUAAACAUGAUGUGUUUUUGUGACCUGUUCUGAUAUUGUAUUUACAACCCUCUCCAUGUUUUUAUGUUCCUCUUUAAAUUAAAAUGUAUGAAAGUUUUUGUUAUCUUUAACCAAUUUUGUUUUGACUUUCCAGUUGUAUAAAAUUAAAAAAAA